AUGUACGACCGAGCUAGUAUUUUCGUAUUAUUGCUCCUCUUGUCCUUAGAUUCACGGGACUGUUCUGCGAGCAUACAAUACGAUGUUGUUAAUAAAAUAUCACUUAAUACCGUUCAAGGCUGGGCAGUUAAACUUGGGACGGAAUUGUAUCACUUCGGAGAAUUUAUUACACGAAAGAAGGAAGUACAAGAUAGUUUUAAAUCUGCACAAAUUGAAUCAAGAGAUGGUGAGAAACUGGUACAAAAUAUGGCAGACGAUAUACGAGCGAUGAUGGAACUAAAAAUAAGUGCCGUAAAACGAAUAGUUGAAGCGGCCGAAAAUAUGGCUUUCGAUAAACAAAACGAGAUCGUUCCUGAGGAUUACCAAUUUUACAAUAGUAAAGAAAUGGAAGAUCCCUAUGACGAUAUGUCACUAACUACGACACCGGAGCCUGAGUUUACUAUGGAAAAUUGGAUUAUAAGACCUCCCUCUAAACCUGCUCAUGUUCAACAGAAUCCACACUUUUCUUACAUUCCUGUCAAUACUAAUUUUAGUAGUGUUCACGUCCCGACUAAUGUUUACGCUUGGGCACCGGAAGUGAUAAAAGGCAUUCAUUGGUCAGAAGGCUUAGAUAAUCAUUUUAUUAAUAAUUAUCAAAGCGAUCCCACAUUAUCUUGGCAAUAUUUCGGCAGUUCGACUGGUUUUAUGAGACACUAUCCUGCAAUGAAGUGGCGUGCUGAUCCAGUAGACAUUUAUGACUGUCGCACGAGAGCCUGGUACAUGGAGGCCGCUGCCAGCCCUAAAGAUGUGGUUAUACUGGUUGAUCGCAGUGGAUCAAUGACUGGACAAAGAAGAGACAUAGCCAAACAUGUGGUCACCAACAUUCUAGAUACGCUAGGCAAUAACGAUUUUGUAAGCGUGAUGACGUUUGCUGAUACUGUGGAAGAAGUUGUUCCUUGUUUUGAAGAUUCUCUAGUUCAGGCUACACUUGCGAAUGUCAGGGAAAUAAAACUAGCAUUGGAUAAUUUUGAAACAAUGGAAAUAGCAAACUUUUCGGCGGCACUUACACGGGCAUUUGAACUACUGGAAAUUUAUAGGAACAAUAGCGGAGGGGCAAAUUGUAAUCAGGCUAUAAUGCUAGUAACUGACGGGGUGCCGUACAAUUACAAGGAGCUCUUUGAGAAGUACAACUGGAAGUAUGAUACUCCAGUCCGAGUGUUCACGUACCUGAUAGGUCGCGAGGUAAAGGUAGCGGAUGUCAGAGAAGUGAAAUGGAUGGCAUGUGCUAACAGAGGUUUCUACGUCCACCUGAGUACAUUAGCUGAAGUUCGUGAGCGUGUGUUAGAACAUGUAAAUGUCCUAGCACGUCCUUUGGUAUUGCAGCGUGAAAAACAUCCUGUAGUCUGGACACCAGUUUAUGCUAAUGUUACGGAUCCUAAAGUAGCAGACUAUUUAUGGGAGCAACGCGAAAGAGCCGAACAAAAAGAAAGAUUUAUGAGUCAACGGCGAGACAAAGUGCUUUUUAACUCUGAGAAGGAACAAUAUAGACGAUGGAGAAUUACUCAAAUGAAGCAGGGUCAGUAUAGUGAGCUCGGGAACUCUCAAUAUCAGUUGAUGACUUCCGUAUCUAUGCCAGUAUACGAUUUGCGUCACAAUGAGAACAUCACAGAGAAUGUACUGAUAAAUGAAGCUUACUGGGUAUCAGUUACAAAAGAGUCCGUAGAGGAGAACGGACAAAAGGAGAUGCGUAUAGCUAGAUUGUUAGGGGUAGCCGGUACUGAUGUGCCCCUGUCUGAAAUUCAAGCAUUGAUGACUCCUUACAAGGUCGGCGUAAAUGGUUACGCGUUCAUAGUAACUAACAAUGGUUACAUACUCAUACAUCCAGACCUUCGACCUGUUUUCCAGCAAAUUAUGAAACCGAGUUAUAAUAGUGUAGAUAUGAUAGAAGUGGAGUUGUUUGAUGAUGAUCGCAGUCCAAGGAAUUUCAGCAAGGAAUUAACUGCGCUCCGAAAAGAAAUUAUUGACCAAAAAACUGGAAACAAGAUCAUGAAUGUAAAGUAUCAUAUGGAUGAUAUGAAACGAGUAUCACGAGGUAAAAGACAUUAUUUCUGGACCGGUAUCAGCGAUUCUCCGUUCACAUUGGUUGUGGCUAUACCAGAGAACUAUGGACGUCACUGCAUCACUCCACCACCAACUGAUGAUAUACAUCGAUUAUCACUUACAUCCAAAAAUAUUUCCGCUCGCCAAUAUCUGUCUGAUAAGUGGAGCGUACAUCCAGAUUGGAUGUAUUGUCGUCACUACGAGCGUACUUUUUCAUCACCGGAAGAGGAAUUAUCUUAUUUUCUAGAGCGUGUAGCGAAGCCUGGCUGGCGUUGGCCGGCCAAACCACGCCCUCCUGAACAUCAUAAGAACAAGGGUCAUGGACAUAGUGAAGAAGGCAGGAACAAAGCAUCAAACGCAACGCCUCGUAACGAGUAUUACUGUGAUCACGGAUUAAUGCAGGCAUUAGUUUACGAUGCGAGGAAUACCGCGUGGUUUAAUAAGAGCAUAUCGGAAUCCGCUUCUGACGACAAGGCCCCCUUGACAAAAGUGAUUGGAUUAUUACCGAGGGCUGAAUUCAUUCAACGUUUCGGAUACAUAGUGGCAUUUUUGGCGACACAUAGCGGUCUGACGCGAUGGCAAACACAUCCACCUAAAGAGCGUGAUGAUAGGCCAGAAUUCGGGAAGCAAUGGCCACGAGCGAUCGACGAAGUAUGGUACCGUCGUGCUGUAGAACAUCACUACGUGGACCCUCUCAGCUUCGUGUACAGCAUAGACCUAAGUACUGACAAGUUCCCUCUGAACGUAUCCUCUGCAAUGGUAACAGCAGCACACGCUGUUCUCCACGCAGACGGACAUAAGAAAGCGCCUGCCGCAGUCGUUGGAUUCAAUUUAAACAUGAGAGACUUAGCGAGUGGUUUGAGAACAUCACCUCUUCGUGCGAACAUAACAAAGAGUGUUAAGGAUACUACGCAAACCGGUCAAUUCUUUGGGAAGGUCCGACCGGACAUAAUGAUGAAGUUGGUUGAAGAAGAUGUGUUCAAAGCAGUCCAUAUAAUUGAUUAUCAAGCUGUCUGCUUUAGAGAAAAAAAGACAACGAACCCUGCAACCAUGUUAAUGACGCCCUUAGAGAAUUUGCGAAAUAUUUUGACAUGGUUCGUUACUACGUCAAUAUGGUUGUACAACACUGUAGCUGUCACUUUGGCUCAAGGGUCUAGUUAUUCCAUAGACUAUGAGUAUGUUACAACCACUGGUGAGUUUUAUAGAUCGAGCACCGUAGACAGUGUGGCAUAUCACAAUUACGAGAAUGACGAAGACACAGAUGAUCCGUCAAUGUCAAAACCUCCGACGCGUAUAUUGGAAAGAGAUUUUGAAAAACUGGUGCUUAUAAAUAGGACGCGACCAACGCCUUGCGAUCGAGAAAUGUAUCUCUACCAAUUAGAGUACAAAAAUCUGGAUGAGAAACUCAACAAGCCAUUGAGGGAAUGCGAGAGACCUUUCUAUGCUCAAUUAGUUAAUUACACUAAUAUGUUGUUAGUUGUCGUGGACGCGAUGUGUGCUAAGGUGGAAGUGCCAAUAUUCUCUAUAGAUCCCACAGAGGUGCAAUACAAUGAAUCGCUUCCAUGUUUGAAACAUAUGCACCCGCUAUACAGGAAGCAGCCUAACUCUUGCAUUCGAAACCACACUGAAGAGAGCAACAUCGACAUGUGCGGUCGCUGCAGUUUGCUUUCCAAAAGUAUCUUAUGGAUUCCAUUAAUCGUAAUUUUCUUACUUCAUUAUUCUAGAAAUGUUGUGAAAUGUUAUAUAAUUUAUCGUUAA